AUGGCUGAAAGCACCAUUGGUCCUGAAAUUUUUUUCGAACAUGCCAAAUUGAUUAUGAUCCUUAAAAGCAGAAAAACCUUAAAUCAACCUGAAGUAAUCCAACAACAAGAGCAACCAAUUCCAGCUACACUAGAAAAGAAGAAACCUGAAGAGAGGAAAGAACCUGUUAACCCAGCACCUGCACCUAAGGCUCCAUUUCCCAGUGCUUUAGAAUCCCCUCUGCCUCUUGAUAAGAAGAGUAUAAAAAUGAAUGAAAUACUGGAACUAUUUAAACAAGUCCAGAUAAACUUAUCCCUUCUCGAUGCCAUUAAGCAAGUUUUGACCUAUGCUAAAUUUUUAAAGGACCUGUGUACACAGAAACACAAAUCAAAGGCACAGAUAUCAAGAAAAAUUCACCUAACUGAGCAGACCAGCUCAAUUUUUCAGCAAAUUGCCCCAUCCAAACUGAAAGAUCCAGGUACCCCAAUUAUUUCUUGUGUCAUAGGGGACCUCACGAUUAAAAAGGCAUUAUUAGAUUUGGGUGCAAGUGUCAAUCUUCUCCCGAGCUCUGUAUAUGACCUAUUUGAAUUUAGAGAGUUAAAACCCAUAAUGGUGACCUUACAACUAGCAGACCGAUCUAUUAAGGGACCACCUACGUACAACCAUAAUGAGAUCAACCUGUUAGAGAAAAUUGUAGAAGAUAAAGCUCUUACCUUACUCAACUUAGAUCCUUUACAG